CAGCACGGUAAACGCGAUUUUAUAGAGUAAUAUUCGAUGAAUCCAAUUUAGUGUUAAAUUAUUUCUCAUAUGUGUGUCCUGCGUACAAUUGCGCAAAUAAAUGAGCUUGCAAGACAGUCUUUUCUCCGAGGACGUGGAGCACGACGUGACUCUAUUUUCAAGGGACAAGAGACGGAAAAGGGUACUCGUCUUUCCACCUGUGAACAACUAUCGGAGGUACAUCAUACACCAGCUGGUGCAGGACCGUUUUACCGAUCUGCACACUUUCUCGAUCGGCCAGAAUUCUGCUAGACGGACCGUCGUGUGUUACAAGAGUGACGUGAUAAGGGAUCCAAAAUUGAAUGGUGUACAGUGUAAAUCGGAUUGUGCAACGAAAGACACUACUACGUUGCUCGAGAUGGGCGUCGAAGGACGACGAUCGCCCUCCGCAUCGCCAGAACGCGUACGAGUUCAAAGACAAGCGAAGUCAACACCAGCAGUUGAGAUUUACAGACCACCAGCUGCUAGGAGGGCUAGAAAUGAACUUCAAACAAAUGUGGACCAAGUUCAAGUGCAACCAACUACUGAUUCACCUGCUGGGAAAGCCACACGUCAGAGAAGGCCAGAUCGUGCAGUUUAUGUACCAAGACAUCGCAGGAGUUUGGAAACAGAAGGAAGUCCUCAACCUGUAGAAUCUGUUCGUAUACAUCGUGUGGUUAAGGACAAUUUGUCUUCUGCUUCUCAUGGACAAUCAAAAUCAAGUUUAAACAUUAAAGAAGCUGACUCUAAUGUACAGCAAAGCAUAGAAUGUACAAAAAAGGGAUCAAAUGCGUGUUUUGAUAAAGAUCAAAAUAAUUUAGAAUGUGAAAUUAGUAGUAUGUGUCUUCGAGCAGACUCAAAAGAUACAGCCUGUUCAGCUGUUUCAGAAGUAUCAAUAUUGGAUACUAGUAAUGAAGAGAAAAUUGAGCAGUUGGACAGUUUAGAUGAUGUGCCAAAUAAUUCGAACAGUUCCACUGCUCUUGAUGAAACAUGUGAAGUAACUGAUGCAUUUCAGUCACAGACUGUUGAAGAAGAAAAAAUAUCUAGUAAUUCUAGUGAAAGUAAAAGUAGUUUAGACUCAGUUGAAACAUGUGUAUAUAGUGAAGUUAAUCUUAAUGAAGAAAUAGACAGAUCUGAUAAAUAUAAGAAUGAUGUUAUUAUAACUAAUUCAACCGAAAAUAAUAACAAGAAAAAUAAAGAACUUUCAAAUAAAGAUGAAAUCACGAAUCAAAAGAACGCACAAAUGAUGCAUCAUAAUAUAGUGUCGAACGUUUUAAUUAUCUCGGACGCUGUACAGAAAGAACCACCAACUGUUAAAGAAGUCAGUCCCGCUCCUACUACACCGCCGGAGAAGAAGGUAAAAAAAGUUAGGUUACGACAAAAAAGCAAACCCGCACCGCCACCUUCUCCGCCUGUUAAAAAAAUAAACAGGGAUGAAUGCGACUGGGAUAGUUUAUUUGAUGACAAUGGUGACUGUUUAGAUCCAUCACUCAUUGAAGAGUUAACAUCAGCUGUCGGUGAUGUCAUGAUAGAACAACCGAAAAACGAUUAUAAGCCGUACACUAAACACAUUGAAGUAUCUAGCGAUGAAUUUGCUCAUGUUGUUGAAAUAUACAAUUUUCCGUCAGAAUUCAAGACCAGCGAUUUAGCAGCGGUAUUCAGUCCUUUCAAAAACGGUGGUUUUGAAUUAAAGUGGGUAGAUGAUACGCACUGUCUGGGAGUGUUCAGUAGCCCUCUUGUUGCCGCCGAGGUAUUGGCGUCGGAUCAUCCAUUUGUCAAAACAAGACCUCUCAGCGAAGCUACAGCCUUAAGUAAAACGAAAGCGAAAAGGAGCGCAGAAUUUUUGCAGCCUUAUAGGAGUCGUCCAGAAACUUGCGCGGCAUUGGCCAGGCGUUUGGUUACGGGUGCUCUUGGAGUGAAAUUAGCCACCGCUAGGCAAGAACGCGAACACGAAAAAAAUGUACUACGCGAGGCUAAAGAAAAACGUAGAUUAGCUAAUAAACAACGAGAAGAUGCCUGGGAGGGCAUUAUUCCCGAGAAGUAGCAUUAUUUGUUGGUAAUAUAAAAUGUUCACACAUUUGAGAAUUACUUACAUCAUAUGUAAGUGUUUCAUGACAUUUACAUGCAUUUGUGCCUUACUCAUCUAUUCUCAUCUUUGACAAAUUCAUUUUGUCGAACUGAUUUGGCGAUUGGUUUUGGGAACACGGGGGAUUGCUUGCCAAUAGAUGAGUGCGGCAUGACAGAACAUCAGUGACGGAUGUACUUGCUUAGGACUGGUAAAUGAAUUUUCCAGUGCUUGUUUAUUUUCUACGUAUUAUGCAUAUCACAAUGUUCAGACCAGUUGAAUGAGCGUGCCUGUUGUACUAUUUUCUAAUGGAAGGGUAUUAAGUAUUUUAAGUAAAAGUCUAGAUAGGGGCAAUUUACAGCCUCGACAUUAGAGAAUUAUAUAGAAGAAAAAACAGAAGUAGGAACGUUUUAUGAUAUAUACGGUUAUUCUUACCUCGACAGUUGCCUCUGUUAUAAAUUUAUAUAUAAACGACAAACAAUGCUGUGUUGUGCAAUGAUAAUACGAGACAAUAAGUUAGAAUGGUAGCGAAUGAAGAUAUUCUUUUCUACAUGCACGUGUGCGUGCACAUACAUCGAUAUGUUACAGUGAUAUGUAAUCAAAGUGUGUCUUCACAAAGUUACGAUUUCACGAUGAUGAAAACUAUACUGAUGUGGCAUUUUAUUAUUAUACGUAACGUAAGAUAUUGUAGUUACGAAUUAUGCCACUUAUUAUAUUAUAUAUACAUAUAUAAAUCUGUUACAUGAAUGUUAAAAUCUGACGCACAAUCACGAUCUAUCUACACGGAGUACAGAUUUACUAAGAAAGAGAGAGAAAAACUCAAAUCAGAUUGUAUUUUUAUAUACAAUUGUUACCAAC